UACUCUCUCCCUACCGCCAAAAGGCAUUAGGCGUGAGUUAUAAGUGAGGAACUGACCGUGUCAAAAUAUAAAGCUACAUGUUUUCUAAUUUAAUGAGAUCUUUAUAUUUCUUAUAUGGGUUCUACAUUUGCAAUUAUUAAUUCUAUGGCACAAAGAUUAUGGCAGAGUUCAUUGGAUGCAAAGAUGAGUCUUCUGAGUCUAAGAAUUCUGUUUCUCCUUCUCAGGUUACAAAGCGGUCUAACAUAAGAUUAGGUGCCAGUGCACCGUUCAUUCAUGACUCCAUCCGUGGCCGAGGCAGUUCCUUCACUCAUUCAGAAUAUUCCCCAUUGCAUGUACCACAAAGGCAACAAUAUGUAUAUAAUUCCCCGUAUCAUAUUCCUUUGAUAGAAGAGUCUGCCCCUGUUUCGGGAAGUGGUCUUAUAUAUGAUGCUGACAGGCCUGGAACCCCUGCACCAGGUGACCAAAGAGAACUCAUUAUUGAUGAUGCUCCUUCUAGAUUGUAUAGGAAUUCUUUAGGUGAUGAGGAUAGUAUUGUGGAUAGUUCUGGAUAUCAAAGGGAUGGUUAUAUUGUAGACAGACAUUUGCCUGGUGGUAUAUCUCGUGAACCUAGUCUUGCUUUCCCUCCUGCUGCCCCUCCUACUUCGCCAUCGCAGCUUUACGCUCUUCUGUUGCAACGAAAUAUCAGGCCCUCAGAAUAUCCAGUUAGUGAAGUUAGGCCUCGAGCUUCUGUUCCUAAUCAUUUAGAAUGGUCGUCAAAUAUUUAUCAAUCUAGAAUCUUACAUCAGAAUGACUAUCGCCGUGAUCUGCGGGAUUAUCGAGACAGAGAAAGAACGUCUUAUGGCCGACUCAUCAGCAAUGUGCGCCCAAGAUAUGACCACUACAGCCAUGUAGAUCGAAGGCCAUUUUUAAAUCAAAAUUACACUCGUCUUCCUUACAACAUGGUUCGAAUACAAAACUCUAAUGAUGAUGACAAAGAAUCUAACAGCAUGAAUGGUUUUACUGAAGACGAUGAAGGAAAUCAUGAGUGUCAUGAUUUACGCCAUAAUUCAGCUCCAGGAUUAGAUCAUACAUCGGCUUCAGUUGAUGAAUUCCAUCAAAAUGGAGCUUUACCAAUGGGAACUGCAAGCGGUCCUCAACCAAAUGGAAUGCCUUCUUUAGGUACAAUUUAUCAAGGAGAAUGGCCAAUGCAUCGAGCCCUAUGGAUGAGUGGCCCUAGUAGCAUAGGUGAGAAAGAUCCUUUGGAUGGCUUUGGAGGAGAUGACACUGAGAGUAUUAUGAGCUUCAGUUCAACUACAGCAACUCUGAGUGCACGCCGUCCUCACACCCAUCAACUAGGGACUAAGGUGGAGAUGGUCUAUUCAUUGUUGUCUAUGUUAGGAAGUUGUAACAAAGAGGAUAUGAGUCGAACUCUUUUAGAAAUGUCCAGCAACCAAGAUAGUUGCAUUGCCAUGCGGCAAUCAGGCUGCCUUCCCUUAUUAAUACAACUCCUUCAUGGAAGUGAGGGAGAUCAGUUACUUACUGAGCAAAGAAGUUCUGAGAAUGUAAAGUGGGCAGUGCGGGAGGCACGUAGAAGAGCUAGUCAGGCUCUUCAUAACAUUGUCCAUGCACACCCAGAUGAUCGAAGAGGCCGAAGGGAAGCCAGAGUUUUGAGACUGUUGGAACAGAUUCGAGAUUAUUCAGACUUCUUGAGAGACUUAGAUUCAAGCAAUGUUGAUUUUUCACACAAUGAAAAUUUGGAUUUACAUCCAGGACCAGCCAUAGCUGCAUUGAUGAAAUUGUCUUUUGAUGAAGAACACAGACAUGCAAUGUGUCAAUUGGGUGGUUUGCAAGCCAUUGCUGAGUUGAUUCAAGCUGAUCAUGAGGUUCAUGGCAAUACUAGUGACCAGUUCUGUGUAACGGUUCGUCGUUAUGCUGGAAUGGCUUUAACCAAUCUGACUUUUGGUGAUGGAAAUAACAAGGCUCUACUAUGCUCCAUGAAACCCUUCAUGCAAGCCUUAGUAGCUCAGUUACAUUCUCCUAAUGAGGAUCUCCGCCAGGUUACUGCCAGUGUGCUACGUAACCUUUCCUGGAGGGCAGAUGCUUCAAGUAAGCAAAUCCUCAGAGAAGUAGGAGUUGUUACCACCCUUAUGAAAGCAGCAAUGGAAGCCCAAAAGGAAUCCACUCUUAAAAGCAUUCUCUCGGCUCUGUGGAACCUCUCUGCCCAUUGUAGCAUGAACAAAGCUGACAUCUGUGAAGUAGAGGGUGCCUUAGAAUUUCUAGUUUCAACUCUUACCUAUAAAAGUUCCUCCAGCACACUUUCCAUCAUUGAGAAUGGAGGUGGCAUUCUUCGUAACAUAUCCAGUCAUAUUGCUGUUCGAGAGGAUUACAGAGCUGUACUGAGAAAGCACAAGUGCUUACAAACUUUGCUUUCUCAUUUAAAAUCGCCAAGUUUAACUAUUGUCAGCAAUGCUUGUGGCACUCUGUGGAAUUUAUCAGCAAGGUGUUCUGAAGACCAACAAAUGUUGUGGGAGAUGGGUGCUGUCGGAAUGCUUAGAAACUUAAUUCAUUCAAAGCACAAAAUGAUAUCCAUGGGUAGUUCUGCAGCCUUGAAAAAUCUCCUUUCAGCCAGACCAGAAGGAAUUGCCUUAGGUUUAGGAUCUCAUAGUGAAAAUGGGCACCAUAUGAAUGGCGGAUUGUCUAAUAUGCCUAGCUUACUAGUCAGAAAACAGAGGGCACUUGCUGCUGACUUGGAUGAAAAUCUUUCUGAAACCUGUGAUAAUAUUGAUAGUCCUAAAACAAGUCCCACUCCUGGUGGUGAUUACAGUAAGAAAUUUUCAUACGAACCAAAUGGUCUUGAUAGAAAGCCCCAGUACUUAUCCUUUCUUCCUGGUAGAAUGUACCACAGCAUCAAUGGGCAUGUAGGCUCUCCUGUUCGUGUGCCUCGUUCUGAAAGCAAAGAUAGUCUUGGAAGCAAUCGUUCUGAACCACCUCACUAUAAAGCACAACGUGAUCGAUUUAGAAUUUUUGUUAAUAAUAACAGAUCAACGCCACUGGACUGCAAAGUCAUACAAGAAAAACCAGCUGAAUGGAAAGAAAAAACGAAUCUUCCAUUUGAAGGAAAUAGUAAUGUUGUUUUGCAAAUGUUUAGGCACUUGCAAAAUGGUAGCAACACUAGCCCAACUUCUGAUAUCAAAACUAAUGGGCAUUCCGAGCUCUCAAUAAAUGAAGAAAAGCCUCCAAUAAGACCAAACAGCUUACCACCACAAAGAAGAGGGAGCAUCCACUCUCGAAAUAGAGUCAUUGAUAGAAAUGUGUUCCAUAAUGGCUUGCAUAAUUCUGAGGUAGAAAAUGGUUUUAAUGCAUCUAAGACAAAUGGAUACCAUCCAGAAUCUAUGAAUGCUUCACACAAUCAACUCGAUAAUAAUGAGAUGGAUGAUCUAUUAGAAAUUCCUGGGAAUAAACGUGCUUUUCCAAAUAGCAAACAAGAUCUUGGUAUGCUGUAUGGGAAAGGGCAAAAUAAUAUCUGGAAAAAUAAUUUAACUCAAAGUCAGGAGGACAGAAUUUUAUUGAAUGAACAAAGAGAUAAAAUAAAGAAUGUUGUCAUGAGGCAUAAAAAAUCUACUGAUACUCUAUCAUCAUCAAUAUCUGCUAUUAGUAAAGAAGCUGCCAGUGAUGACCAGAGUGUAGAUCAAACGCCUCUUGUAAUUUCUCGCUGUAGUUCCCUAAGCUCAUUAACCAGCUGUUUCCAGCAUUCUGCUCGAAGUUCAUGGGUCAGUGACGUGAGCCAAAGAACAAGUGCAGUCAUCUCUCCAUCAGAUUUACCAGAUUCUCCUGGAUACUGUGCUAAUGAAGAAAGGCAUCAUAUUUCGGAAUUUACUGAUAAGAUUCCAGAAGCUGAUGCACAGAGUCUAAUCAGGCCUCGACCAGCGUGGCCUAUGAGCUCUCUGCCAUCUAAUGAUUCAUUGCCUAGUUCCAUAAAGAGAAUGUCUUUGGAUAGUGAUGUGUUUGUGAAUAGUAAUGAAGCCAUGCAUACAGAAACAAUAACAGAUCAAUCGGAAAAUCUUGAUACUUUAGAAUCACCUGCAUCUUCUAAAACUCCUCCUUCCAGGCCACAGAAUAGUCCGUUUUCUCCUGAGAAAGAUCAGUAUUCAAACCAGGAAAGUUCAAGUUCUCAAGAAAAUGAACGGCAAACUCAAGAUGAGGAUAAAGAUAAUGAUUUAGUAGCUGUAUGCAUAAAUUUGGGAAUGCCAAGUAGUUCUGAUCAUAAGCAACAAAUAAAUACAACUCUGCAUUCUAAAUUAACUAACUUAUUUUCUUCCAUUUCAUAUUCUCGAAGUAGCAUUCCUGUUAAAUCUCGAUUAACUCAAUCAUUUCCUGCUCCAUGCAAACCUGAUGCAACACGUCAAAACUAUUCGCAAAAUAUCCCUGGAUCAUCUUCAAAUUUGUCCACUUGCAGAAACCUAACACAUUCUGAUGGUACCAUAUGUGAUGAUAAUGAUAAUCUUCUAAUACAUUCUGGAGCUGAUCAGAAGCAAUGUGAAAAAACUUUUCCAUCUCAAAAUAAUUCUUCUGAAUCCAAAAAAGUAAUUUCAGAAGCAUUUCUAUCCAAAUGCCUUAAUGUCUGCAAGAAAUAUCCUGCUUUGAGUCAAAAAUCUAGCUUUGAUCAAGCUGAAUUAAAUCUAUCAAGCAAAGUUAAAACUUCUAUUCCACAAAUUGUCCGAACAGAGAAUCCAAGUUUUGAUACUGAACAGCAUCCGAGACAGCUCCAUAUUAAAUCUCAAAAUUUACCAGUGUAUACAGGUUAUUCCUCCAGCAGUAGGCUUCAGACAGACAGUGAACAGAGACCUUCAGCUCAUGGAAAUUCGAGUUCAACUGAAGACAACGUCUCUGAAGAAAAUAUCCUCAGCAGUAGUCCGUCAGCAUGUGACGAAUCUGAAGGUCAAGAUUCAGAUUACCAAGCCAGAGCACCUCACAGUAGAGCUGGCGAAGCCAUUUUAAGAAAUAAUAAAGUUCGUUCAAGAAAGACGAAAGCCAACCGACGCUCAAUGGAAAUCCGCCCUCCUUCUGAGCAGUCUAGUGAAGAUGAUAACAAAAAUGUUUUUAGUAGAGCUACUGAUAUAGGAUCAUCACAAGCACCCAGUCACUCCAUGUCUGUUCCUUCUAGUGAAAGUGAGGAAAAGAUGAAGGAAGAUGAAAGAACCAAAGAGAAAGUUUCUCGAGGAGUUAUACCUGAUCUUUUGGAAGGCGCUGCUUAUCAAGAUGGUUUAAGUCUAGAGACAGAUCGUAGACCUCAAGGCGGUUGCAUUGCUAAAUCUAACAUUCCUAGAAAUAUGACCGAUUCAAUGGAAUUGCGAAGAGGGGCUUUGAUGAUUGCUGCCGAGUUAGAAGAAGGUAUUGAAGAUUAUACGCAUAGCAGUACAAGCUUUGAUUUGGAGAAUAUGAAACCUCCAUCUUGCAUGGCAGAAAUGAGUAUGACCAGCAGUGGACUUUCAGAUCUCUUAUCAAAUGGCAAUGGAUGUUACAUCAGUGGUAAAAGAGCUGUUGAUCGCAGACGUAAUAUUAAAAGAUCCAAGAAAAUGAAUGGCAGCCAUAGAUUUGUUUUUAAAUCUGUAAGACAAACAAUAGCUAAAACUUUAGAUCCAUCGCGACAAAAAGAAAAACCAGAGAAACCAGUAUCAACUUCUACUUCUAUGGAAAACAUCAGUAUGAAAAGUAGUGGUACUUCAGAUCUGAUAGAAAACAUAAAUCCACCAUCAAUUUUAGAUGAUUUAUCUAUGACAAAUAGCUGUGCUAGUCUAAACAGUAUAAGUUCUGAUAUUCUGGAAAGUAGAUCCCAGUCACUAGCAGAUCCUAGAAGUAAUUCCGAAAUGUUCCAGCGACUGAAUGCAGCUGCAGCAAUGGUUCAGGUGUAUUCACGAGAAUUGUCCAACAUAAUGACAGGAAGCAUGAAGAGUAGUUGUAACUCCGAUUGCUUGGAUCUUGUGAAGCCACCUUCUAUCUUUCAGGAUAUUGCUGAAGUGACUAUGGAGGAUGGAACUGAAAUCUUAUCUGAUCCCUUAGUAUCAGACUUUGAGCUUGAAGAGGAACUACCUCACGAUGACGAACCUUCUGUGGAACCAUCUACAGAAACUGUACAUUCGCCUUUUGUACUUUCUGCAAGGUAUCAAGACAGAAGUACGGAAAAUUUAAAUAGUUCAGUUGAUGGUGACAGUCUUUUGGACAGAGAACUUUUCCCAGCCAAACAAAUCAGUACUUUAGUCAGGGAACAUCAAAAUAAUAGUCCAAUAAGCUGUAUUCAAAACCCUUCUUUGAUUACAGAUGAUGAAAUGUCUUCUGGAUUUUUUAGUAAUCUUACAAAUGAUGAUCACUGCAGUGUAGAUAAAGACGACAAUUACGAUACCACUAUUCCAUCGUCUUCUCCACCAGCUGCUCGGCGUGGUCCUCGAAUUGUUAAACCCAUUAAUCGGGAUACUAUUCGCCAGAUGCAAGAAAAGAAAAUUGCUGAGAAAACAGUUAAGUCCAUCAAAGGUAAAGCUUCUGUCAGCAGUCCUCGAAAUCUUUUGCAACAAGUCACAACUGCUCGUAUUAUGAGUGGUAACAAAGCAACACAUGCAAAAGCUUCAUCACCAUCAGUGAGUGGGGUAAGACCUACAAGAACUUCAGCCUUACGUGCCUCUCAAAACAAACAGACAAACAUUAAAGGAAGUGGUGGUAGAAUGUCUCCGAGAGCUUUUCUUAGCAAGCCACCUCCUGCUGUUACACGAACUGCUAAUAAAAUUAUCAAACAACCUCUUACUAAAACAACAUCCUCUGGCACUUCAGAUUCUAAAUUAAGCAAUGGCGACAUAGAACCAAAAAGACCACAUCCACUAGUAAAACAAAACACUUUUACAAAAGAUGAAACAACUCCAAAAGUGCCUGCUGAUACAGAUGACCAUAAUAAUAAUGAUAAAAUCUGUAAUGGAAAAGUGACGUCACCUCUUUCAUCUGAAGCAAAAGUUCCUGAUCGAAAACUGUCUCUCUCAUCUGUAACCUCUGGUGUACCUUCAUCCAGCAUGAGCUUGCAAAGAAAACUUAGUGCUCCAAUUCAGAGGAAAGGGGAAAGACCUGGUAUACCCACUUCACCUAGCUCUCAAAGCAUCACAAAAAUUCCAGAAAAAAAGAGCCCAAGUAGCAAUAACUUAUCAGGACGUGGAAUAGCAGCUGUGGGCAGUCGAACAACAAGUACAAAUAGCUUAUCAUCUGUGUCUUCCAAUAGUUUAUCAACUAAAAAACAAAAUUCUCAAAAAGAUGUGCCAAGUAAAAUAUCUUCAAUUUGGAAGCGGAGUGAAAGCAGCUCAUCAGCAAACAGUCCUGUAACUGAUAGUUCAACUGCAGACAAACAACUUCCUGGGAGUGCCCGAGGAAAAGUUAAUGUAGCAAAAAGUGUACCCUUGAGAUGCAGCAGUGUCACUACACCCCCAGUGCAGCAAAAAGGCAUUCCAAGAAGUUCUACAUAUGAAAAAAUACCCAAAGCAAGCCAAAAUGACAGUUCAAAACCCCAGAACAGAGGUACAACACAGGUUACAGGAGGAGCAUUCAAACCCAGACAACCCCUGAGUAAUACUACAAAGAAUGUUAAUAAAAAGUUACCCACUGCACCAGCAAAACCAUCAGGGGGUCCUCGAAUUGUGAAGCCAGUGGCUAAACCCCAUGCAAUAACUUCCAAAAGUUUAAGGCAAUCAGGUAGUUACACUCCAUUUUCUGGGGGCUAUAGCCUAUCUUCUGGACCACCAGCCUGCAUUACUAGUGGAAGAAGUUAUGGAAGUUCUCAGGAUCCCAAAGUUUCCAUACCUCUGGUAACUGCACCUUUUACAUACAUGGCAGAAAAUGGCAAUGAUGUAUCUGACAGUAGAAGAGCAAUGGAUGCAAAUGGUGCAGAUUCAGACAGUAGGAAAGGAAAUGACAGUCAGUAUUUGGACAGAAAGAAAAGUGACUCGGAGGACAGUGACAGGGAAAAUGUUUGACAUUAAAUACGAAACAGCUAGCAUUAGUAAAAUUUUAUAUGUACCAAAUUCUUAUUCCCUGAAUUGGUAUUCCACUCUAUUUUUUAACAGAAGUUAUAUCUUAAUCCGGUUGUUUCUUUUAGUUGUAUAUUUGUUGUUAUUUUAAAUGAGAGAAAAAUGGAACAAAAUUACUCAAUUCAAAAGACAAAUUUUUAUGACAAGAAAAUAGUGUUGUAUUGUUUUUCUUUGUCAUUGGAUUAACUUUUCUCUCAAUUUGUGUGUCUAGUCUAUGGAGCAACUAUGCAAAGUCUUUAAAGAGCUGUAUUUACUAUUCAUAAGGCAGGUGUAUGUUUACAUUAAGUGCAUUAUAAUAUAUUUUCUUUCUUGUUAAGCAUAUUUACAAUUUUUUAUUCCUAAUGCAUUAUUUUCUGAUUUUUCUACUGAAGAUGUAAAGAUCCCGUUGCUCUCAUUUUUCAUUUUAUCUCUCUGUAUUAUGUUAAGAAUCCUCAUGUGUUUAAACAUUAUAUGGUGUAAAAAGAAAGAAGUUUGUGUUUUGAUUUUAUAUUACAACUUUAAUCAUUGCAAUUUUCAAAUAAACUAUGUUUUAAAAAUGUGGCAACUCCUCAUGCAAACUGUGCCAAGAAUUCUUUUAAAGUUCUUUUUUUCUUUUUAAUAUUGCUAAAUAUUUUGAAUUAAACUUUAUUUAGGUAAAGAAUUUUUACCUUUACACAUUUAUCUGGCUUUUUUUUUCCCCUUCUCAAUAUUUAAAAUUCCUUAAUGUUUUCUGAAAUACAUACAUUCAAAAUAAUUGUUACAUGUUUCAAUAUUCUGUUGAUAUGCCUUAUAGCAUUUUUUGUAAAAUAUGCAUUUACCUAUAAAUGUUUAACAGUUAAGUGCAUACUUCGGCAACUAAAGUAUUGAAACAUGUAUUUUAUCAGUAUGGAUAAUUCAUUAUUGAAUUAUUUAUUUCAAUUGCUUAUUUUAAAGAAGUGAAAUAUACUUAUUGAAGCAUCAAAAUUAAAAUUUUAACUAAAAUUAUAUCUUUUUAAUAAUGCAAGUAAUUUUAAAAUGUUGAACAAUUAGACAGGAAUUCAAAUCCUAUUUCUUUUUAUGUUUGAAUUCAUUCUGUUAAUAAUGCAUUUAUUAUUUAUAAUACUUUUCAUCUUAAUUAUCAUUUUUUAUAAACUAGAUUAAAAUUUAAUAACGAAUAGCUUAAAUGGAUUAAUAUUAGGUUAUGCUUUUAACUGCAUUUGCGACACAGUUUCUCUUUUCAUGCAUGGUUUGAACGAAUUCAUGUUUACUGCUGUCUUUUUUUCUUUUUGUUAUAAAUUAUAUGUAUAUAAACAAAUGUUCGAUAAAUUUUAUUUAGAAUGCAUAUUCACAACCUUAAAUAUUUGUGUGCAUUAUUAUGUUUACACUGUUUUGCACUUAUACGCAUUUUUAAAAAAUGUCACUUUAGCUGCUUAAAAGACAUUUGUCAGCUUAAUAAUAUGAAAAACUGUAAUAAAAAUUCUAGAAUAUUAUGAUAUAUUAACAUAUAAAUGUUAAAUUGUUCUAGACUUUAAAUAAAAAUAAGUGACUUUUUUUAAACUGUAUUCUACAAACUUAUCUCCAAUAUUUGUGACGAUUAAUCUAAAACAGAUCCCACUAUUUAAUUUUACUUAUUUUUAUAAAAUUUAAAAAAAAUAUUACAAUCUUUUGAUGUUUUUUAAUGCUUGCAUUUCAUAAUUUUAAUUGGUAAUAUUAUUAAUAAAAUAUUCAAUGUUAAAAUCAUGCAAAUGUGCAUCAAUACUGAAAAGCGCCAUGUAAUUAUUCAACAAAUAUUUAAUACACGUGCCAUAAAAGCUUAAAUAGAUUAAUUUCUUAAUAAAUUAUUUGUAUAUUUUAUGUAUAGUUCGUGCUUUUGUGUUUGACAACUAAUAUUGAUUUGUUUCAGUUUUGUUAUCUACAAUGCAAA